AACAAAAAUAGAGCUUUAUUUUGGGACAAGUGCAAUCGGAGCUGGGUCCUUCGGCCCCGGCGUGGGGAUACAAGUGUGGCAAGGCCACCACGGGCCCGGCAGCGGUGCCAGGCACACACACCGGGUGUCCCUUUGCCAUGGCAUGUGCUGUGUCACAGCCCAGCACUGUCCCGUGUCACAGCCCACCACUGUCCUGGAGCGAUGGCAGCGGGUCCAGGCUGCUCCCGUGCCCUCGGCUGGGCUCUCACCAUCUCUGCCACGGAUGCCAGUCUGCAGCGAGCUGGGAGGGGUGGGGACAGCUGUGGGGGCUCAGGGGCGUGGUGGCGACAAGGACAACAUCGGCAGCACCACCGGCGGCCCCACGGAUUGUCACGACACGGUGGGGACGGGGACAGGAGAGGGGACACACCCACCCUGUCCUGGGCGUUCGGCUCGGCCACGAGAACCGAGUGUACACAGAGAGCCAGGGGCCACUCCAGCCAGCAGAGCUCAACACACACACACACAGCCAGACACACAGACACACAGCCAGACACACAGCCAUGUCUGUCUGCCCAGGUGGGACGGCAGCUGGAUGCACAGAGCUGUGUGUCCAGAGGUGUGUCCAGAGCCACGUCCCUGGGCCCUGUGUGCACACACGGACACGUGCAGAGCCGGUGCACAGCGGGACCUGCCAGCAGCACACACCUGCACACACACACACACACACACACACACACACACAGAGCCGUGCCCGCCCAGCCUGCACACACCAGCACGCGUGUGCCACACAGACACUGUGCACACACCUGUGUACGGCCUGGGGCAGGGCACGCGUGCCCACAAGCACAGACCUGCUUGCACACAAAGCCUGUGCACACCAACACGUGCACACCAAUGCAUGCACACUGACACGUGCACACAGAGCCUGUGCACACCCAUAUGUGCACACUGACAUGUGCACACCAACACAUCCAUACACAGCUGUGCACACCUAUGUGUGCAGUGUCAUACACAUUAACACAGGCAUGUCCCACACAGGGCCAUGCUCACACCUGCAGAGCCUGUGCACACCCACAGGCACAGAGCUGUGCACAGACCCACUCACACCCAAGAGUGUGCAAUUGCACACACGUGCACACACCACGUGUGCAUGUCAGCACGUCUGUGUGCACAGUGCUGUGCUCACCAGCACACCUGGACACUGUGCAAAGCAGGGCGUGUACACUCACUUCUGAGCACACCAGAAAACACACAGGCACACAACCAUGCACGCUGACACACGUGUGUGCCUCAGCAGCUGUGUGUGCACACAGAGCCAUGCACACUGGCACACACGUGCACAGAGUCACACACACUGGCACAGACACAUGCACAGAGGAGUCACACACUCUGGGCACCAGUGCACAGUCACACACACCCUGGCACACACUGCACAGAGUCACACACACUGGCACACACGUGCACAGUCACACACACACAGUGGCACACGUGGGCACAGUCAUACACACUGGCACACACGUGCAGUCACAUACCCUGGCACAUCUGUGUACACAGUCACACACCCUGGCACACACACACGUACUCAGAGUCACACACAUACCUUGGCACACAUGUGCACAGUCACACACACUGGCACUCGUGGGCACAGUCAUACACCCUGGCACACACGUGCACAGAGGAGUCACACUCAUUGGUACACACGUGCACAGUGACACACACACUGGCACACAUGUGCACAGUUACACACACUGGCACACACACGCACAGUGUCACACACUGGCACACACAUAUGUACAGUCACACUCAUUGGCACACACAUA